AUGUAUUUGGUCAAUCAAGAAGCGGAGGAAGCCAAUUAUGUUGGUCCAAACCAAUACAACCACCCUUCUAACCUGUACAAUCCUGGGUUAAGGAACCACCCAAACUUCUCCUACAAGAACCAAACAAAUGCAAUGAACUCGCAAUCGACAUUUCAACGGAGCAACCAAGGACCCCCGGGUUUUCAAUCUAAGUUCCAGCAACAAGUCCAAGGGAACCAAGGUUAUCAAGGAACAUCGAACUAUAGACAACAACAAGAGCAACCAAAAGAUCAAGAUCCCGAGAUCAAGGACAUGCUGAUGCAAAUUGUCCAAGGGAAAAAGUCACAAGGAAUAUCUAUUGGAAACAUCGAGAAUGAGCAAAUUGUAUUCAAAACGCAAUUGGAAGGAGUACAAGCUCAUUUAAAGAUUUUGGACAACCAAGUGGCACAACUCUCAUCUUCCUCAUCGAGACAACAAGGUACUCUUCCGGGAAAGAUUGAAGUGAACCCUCGAGAGCACAUUAAUGCAGUGGAGUUGAGAAGUGGAAAGCAACUCCCGGAAAUCGGUCCACCCAUGAGCGAAAAAGCACCAACACCAAGGCUAACGAGGGAAGAGAAAGGCAAAGCGGUGGAAGAAAGCAACUCCACGACAAACACCCAGGAAAAGGAGCCGGCCUACGUUCCUCCACCACCUAAGGUACCUCCAAUCCCUUUUCCCUCUCGUUUGAAAAAGUUCAAUGAAGAAAGUCAGUUUGGAAAGUUUGUGGAGAUGCUGAAAAAGAUAGAGAUUACGAUGCCAUUCCAUGAAGCGAUUCUCCAAAUGCCUUCCUAUGCAAAGUUUCUAAAGGAUAUUUUGACUAAGAAGCGAGUGGUAGAAAAGGAAACGGUGGCCUUAAGCACUGAAAUCAGUGCCGCCAUUACAAGACACGAGCUCCCUCCGAAGAUGUCGGAUCCGGGAAGCUUCUCCAUACCUUGCAAGUUGGGCAACAUUGAGAUAGAUCGAGCUCUAUGCGAUCUAGGAGCGAGUGUAAGUCUUAUGCCUUUGUCGAUCUACAAGAAGCUGAAUAUAGGGGAAUUGAAACCAACAAGAAUGGCUCUACAGUUAGCGGAUCGUUUGAUCAAGUAUCCAGCGGGGAUAGUGGAAGAUGUACCCCUGAAGAUUGGUGGAUUUUACGUUCCAGUUGAUUUCGUGGUAUUGGAUAUGGAUGAAGACUCCAAAGUUCCGAUUAUUCUUGGUCGACCUUUUCUAAGUACUGCAGACGCCAUAGUUCAUGUUAGAGCGGGAAGGUUGACAAUGAAAAUCGGAGACGAAACUGUGGAAUUCACUCUCGAUCAGAAUCUCCGACAACCCUCCACCAAUGAUACAGUAUGCUUCAUGGAUGUCUUGGAAGCAAUGGUCGAAGAAGUAAUGGAAGAGUUCCGAGAGAUCGAUCCGUUGGAAAUAUCACUAAUGGCCACAAAUGAAAGUUUGUAUAGCAAUUAG